AUUGUUCAAGCGAGAUUACAGCGCGAACGAAAUGGCGGCUGGAUGACUGUGGAUGCUCAGGUGUUUUUCCAAGUAAAUGCGGUUGCACUGACUAAUAGAACGACAAUUUUUGUCGCAAAACCACACAUAAAUGCCAGAGAAAGAAGCCUUGCUGCCGCUAGAGUUAUGGCGGGUGAUUUUGACUCAUCUUACGGUUCGAGAUUUGUGUCGUUGUUCUCAAGUUUGUCUGGAAUGGCGAGAGUUGGUUAAAAGUCUGGAUUCUACCCGUUGGAAAGAGCUUUUCCUGUCAUCGAAGCGAUGGAAACACCCAAAUUGGCCAAAUUAUUCACAAAAGGAACCUUCUUCUUGGAAGGACACGUACAAAGUCCAUCAUAUGGCUUCAAAACAAUGGGUAAAUCGCAGUGUCGAGGUUAGAUGUGCGCCAUGCCUGUAUUUGUUCAGAAGAAGGCUCGAGAGAAGGCGAAGAAGGCGAGUUGUUCGUGUUGGACCGGGAAGGGAAUUUCUGUCUAUUAAAAGCGCAAUAGCUUCGGCGGCACCGUUCGACUGUAUUCUGCUUCAUCCCGGAGUGUACGAUGAACAACAUGUUUUGAGUGUGAAAUUUCCGAUUGAACUCUGCGGUGAAGGACAACUGGGAGAUGUUCUUUUACAGAUUCCAAUCGAACAACAGGCAUCAACCACGCGAAUUCAAAACAUUAUUCUACAACCAGGUGUGCAAAGAUCGCAGAAUUCCCUCCCUGUUAUCUUAAAGGUUGGAACAGGGCAUGUUCAACUGGAUAACUGUAUCCUUGAGCAAGGCCAGAUUCAAGUCUCAUCUCCAGGCAGUAUUGUCAUUCGUUACUGUACUUUCAACAAUGCUUUUGUCACGCUACGCUCAGUUGGUUAUAGCAGAAUUGAAAAUUGCCAGUUUAGCACAGAUGAAUCAUCUGCUGUUAUUAUAGAAGGACUUCCACCCAUCUCACGGCCCAGGCCAAUUUCCAGACCUGUUGAAGACUGGAUGACGUCAAAUGGGAUUGACUCCCUAGGUCUGGAAGACCUCUAUGAUCUCUCUGUUGUUGAACCUGAUGUUCCAGGGGCGAGGAAUACCAGUAAACCAAUGACUGACAAAGGGACACCACCUCUAGGUAGUAAGUGCCCUGCUGUGCCAAUCAAGCUUACAGAUGGCCAAACAAAAGGAAGCAAUGGCAGCCAAGUGACUGUUUUAACAAACGAUCUUUGUCAACCUAAAAGCCCGCAAGGUGUUGGCUGUGAAUCUCAUCCAAGGAGAUAUCAUCUUGAUACACAAUGCCGAGAUGUUGUCAGAUCCAUACAUGGUUGUGUUAUAAGAAAUAACUGCUUUUGUGUAGGCAAGGGAGCCGUGCUGGUCAGACGCAGAGGACAUGCCUGGAUUGAAGGAAAUGAAAUUGGCCGUUUGUCUCAUGGUGUGAGAUGUCUUACAGGUGCCAAGGUCGUAAUCCUUAACAACAGGAUUCAUGAUUGCGGAACAUCAGGGAUAUUUUUCAGGGAGAGGUCCACUGGUUUGGUUGCUGGAAAUCACAUUUAUGGCAAUAAAGAGGCAGGAGCAGACAUCCGUAGUGGAUCAGACCCAAUCGUACAGCACAAUCACAUUCACAGUGGCAAGCGCUCUGGAGUUGUCAUCUUGGACCGUGGUAAAGGAGUUAUUAGAGACAACGACAUUUAUGAUAAUAAAGAAGCUGGGGUCUACAUUCUGUAUCGUGGAAAUCCCAUUGUCAGACACAACAGAAUCUGGGCAGGCCGUGCAGCGGGUGUGGCUGUGACUGAAGAAGGAAAGGGUCACAUUCUCUAUAAUGAUAUCUGUGGUAUGGAGUGGGGAGGUGUGGACAUUCGUAAUGGAGGCAACCCAGUGGUGACAAACAACUGGAUCAGGGAGGGCCAUGCAGAUGGCAUUGUUAUUGGAGAGGGUGGGAAGGGAAUUAUCAUGGACAAUGACAUUCGAGGUAACAGUGGCUGUGGGGUCUGGAUCCUAACUGUCUCUAAACCCCUCAUCUAUGGCAAUCGCAUUGCAGACUGUGGCGACAGUGGUGUUGCACUUGUUAGCAACAGUGAUCUUCACCAUGACAACCAGCAACUGAGUUCACAGUUUGCACAGUCAGAGCAAGAGGAACAGCAAAUGCAGCCAUUAUUCUUUGAUGAAGACCUGUCUUCUACGUCAAAUUUUGAGGACCACGAACACUCUAUUGACAUAAAUGGUCCUCGACCAGACAAGAAUUAUGCCUGUGUGGAUAACAAUACAAUUUUCGACAAUGCAGGCCAUGGAAUCCAUUUUUCAGGCAGUGAAGGCCUGCUCAUCCGGGGUAAUAAUGUUCAUAAUAACGAGGGCUGUGGUAUCAGUGUAGCAAAACCAGCAGAGAUUACCAUCCAAGACAACAGCGUUUGUAGAAACAACAGCUCGGGAGUUUCUAUUGAAAUAGGCUGUAGUGCUAAUGUCAGUGGCAAUGGUAUCUAUGGAAACCGAAAGCAUGGAAUUCUUGUGUGUGGGAAAGGCCUGAUAAAAGAAAAUGAUGUGUUCUGUAACGCGUUAAGUGGAGUUGAACUGCGUGGGCCAGGUGAUCCUUACAUCACCAGAAACCGCAUCCAAUCCACAGACCAUUAUGGUGUAAAUAUUCUAGAAAAUGCUCGUGGAUAUGUGGACAGUAAUGAUAUCUAUCAGUGCAGCACAGCAGGUCUGAAUCAACACCCUGACAGUACAGUGUUGGUGAUAAACAAUCGUAUCAUUCCAGUCAAUACCAAAAGUGACCGUCAAGUUUGCAUUGUUAACCAAGAUACCAAUGAAUGUAGUCAUGACCCCAGUGGACUAGAUUUAGACUCACCUCCACGCCCCUUGCUUCCUAAUAAGGAGAACAAAUUUCCCAGGCCAGCCAUGUCACGGUUAUCAAUGUCAACCUCAGGGAAUAGUCACAUUGUGGCAGGGAUGGCGACAUGUCACGGACGCAGUCGAUUUUGUGUCAUUUCGUGAUGAAUCUAUAUAAUAUAGCAGUAGUAGAUUAGUUAGAAUCCAAUCGUGUGAAUUGUAGAGCUUAGAACAAACCAGUAGAUGACAAAAAUACAUCAGCAAACAUGAAGUGACUCUUCUUAUUGAACUGGCGUUCCCAUUUUCUCAUAGCAAUUUGUUAAAUAAUCAGAAGGUAGGAGCUAAAUUACUGAUAUAAAAAUGUAAAUAACGUAUUCAGUUGAACGAUCAAUUGAAAUAUCAGAUGUAAAAAUAUAAGAAUAAAGUAUAUACCAUUUCUUGUUCAUGUAA